GACACACCUCCCGAGCCACGUCCGCCGCGCGCCCCCCCUGCACCGGUGCGCCCUGCUGCCCGAUUCGUCGGGGGGCGCGGGAAUGGAGCUGGAGCUGGAGGCGGCGGCCCGGCGCUUCCACCUCUGGUUCCGCGGGCUGCGCUCGCUGCGCCGGGACCUGGCGUCGGCCCGGUGGUCGGACGACCCGACGGCCCAGCUCCCCGCGCAGGUGGGCCGCUUCGUGGCCCACCUGGAGUCGUACUGCGCCGCGCGCGCCGGGCUGGACCCGGUGUGGACGCUGUCGGCGCCGUGGGCCACCCCCGCGGAGCGCGGCGCCGCGUACUGGCUCGCCGGGUGGCGCCCCACCACGCUGGUCCACCUGCUGUACACCGAGUCCGGGCGCCGCCUCGAGGCGCAGCUGCCGGACCUCCUCCUCGGCGUGCGGUCGGGGAACCUUGGCGACCUCACCCCCGCGCAGCUGGCGCAGGUCGACGACCUGCAGCGCCGCACGGUGGCCGAGGAGGACGCGCUGGCAAGGGAGAUGGCGCUCGUGCAGGAGGGCCACGGCGUCGUCGUGCUGCCGGCGGCGCCGGACGGGUCCGGCGGACUCGACGUGGCCGGCCUCGUGCGCAGGGCCAGGGCGGUGCUGGACAGGGCCGACGCGCUGCGGCUGCGCACCGUGAAGCGGGCGGUGGAGAUACUGGAGCCGGCACAGGCGGCCGAGCUGCUCGUUGCCGCCGCCGACCUGGAGAUCGGGUUCCGGGAGUUCGGGCUCAAGCAUGGGUCGGGACGAAUGACAUGACUGCCCCAGUUUUUUCGAGCUCCCCUGCACUUCCCGGCAUUUUAUUUUUCUUCCUUUUUUUUUCUCCUCACGAUUUUGCCGAGUUGUACCCGGCUGGGCCGUCGUGACAGGGCACGGAAACACGAAUAAAAAAAUGCACGAGAUUGACUUA